CGAGCCCGGAAAAGGAGCAGCCCACCGGACCAACACCGAUCGCAUCAUAAAACCCCGCGGCGACACGGCCGCCCCACCCAACUGACCGCUCCCUGCCUCCCUCCCUCCCUCCGCCCACAGCAUAUUCCUCCAAAUCUCCUUCCAAUCACCUCACCGGCACAUGGCGGCGGCUGCGGUGGCCUCCAACGGAGGCGCGGCGAACGCGCCGGCGCCCGGGCGCCUCGCGUCGGUGUACAGCGAGGUGCAGACGAGCCGCCUCACGCACAUGCUGCCCCUGCCCUCCGUCCUCCGCUCCCACUUCACGCUCGCCGACGGGCCAGCCAGCUCCGCCGCCGGCAACCCUGAUGAGAUCGCCAAGCUCUUCCCUAACCUCUACGGGCAGCCGUCGGCGUCUGUGGUGCCGUCGGCCGAGCCGGUGCCAGCCAAGCCACUCAAGAUCGGUGUCGUGCUCUCUGGCGGUCAAGCGCCAGGCGGCCACAAUGUGAUCUGCGGCAUCUUUGAUUACCUACAGGAGCGUGUGAAAGGCAGCACCAUGUAUGGAUUCAAGGGUGGCCCAGCUGGUGUCAUGAAGGGCAAGUACGUCGAGCUUACUUCUGAUUUCGUGUAUCCCUACAGGAACCAGGGUGGAUUUGAUAUGAUCUGCAGUGGAAGGGACAAGAUUGAAACACCAGAGCAGUUCAAGCAAGCUGAAGAUACAGUCAACAGACUUGAUUUGGAUGGACUAGUUGUCAUUGGUGGUGAUGAUUCAAACACUAACGCAUGCCUCCUCGGUGAAUACUUCAGGGGAAGGAACUUGAAGACUCGUGUUAUUGGUUGCCCAAAGACUAUCGAUGGAGAUCUUAAAAGCAAGGAGGUCCCAACAAGCUUUGGAUUUGACACUGCUUGCAAGAUAUACUCUGAAAUGAUUGGCAAUGUCAUGACUGAUGCACGAUCAACGGGCAAAUACUACCACUUUGUGAGGCUUAUGGGCCGUGCUGCUUCCCACAUUACUUUAGAGUGUGCUCUGCAAACACACCCUAAUGUUGCACUCAUCGGCGAGGAGGUCGCUGAGAAGAAGGAAACACUAAAGAAUGUCACAGACUAUAUUACUGAUAUUAUCUGCAAGCGUGCAGAACUUGGUUACAACUACGGUGUUAUCCUUAUCCCAGAGGGCCUCAUUGAUUUCAUCCCAGAGGUCCAAAAACUCAUUGCAGAAUUGAAUGAAAUUUUGGCACAUGAUGUUGUUGACGAGGCAGGGGCUUGGAAAAGCAAGCUUCAACCAGAAUCUAGGCAACUCUUUGACUUCUUGCCCAAAACCAUUCAGGAGCAACUCUUGCUUGAAAGAGAUCCACAUGGCAAUGUUCAGGUUGCCAAAAUUGAAACUGAGAAGAUGCUCAUUGCCAUGGUUGAAACUGAAUUGGAGAAGAGAAAAGCUGCGGGGAAGUACUCCGCAGACUUCAGGGGCCAGUCUCACUUCUUUGGAUACGAAGGAAGAUGUGGCCUUCCUACUAAUUUUGAUUCUAGCUACUGCUAUGCAUUGGGCUAUGGUGCUGGAGCUCUUCUCCAGUUUGGAAAGACAGGACUUAUUUCAUCAGUUGGUAACCUCGCUGCUCCUGUGGAGGAAUGGACUGUUGGAGGAACUGCAUUGACAGCGUUGAUGGAUGUUGAGAGGAGGCAUGGCAAGUUCAAACCAGUGAUUAAGAAGGCCAUGGUGGAACUCGAUGCCGCGCCUUUCAAGAAGUUUGCUUCGAUGCGUGAUGAGUGGGCCCUUAAGAACCGAUACAUCAGCCCUGGCCCCAUCCAGUUCAGUGGCCCCGGGAGCUAUGCGUCGAACCACACCUUGAUGUUGGAGCUUGGUGCUCAGAUAUAGAUUUCUGGUGAUGUAGAGUGCACCACUGUCAUUUUUUUUUCUUUGCAGUUUUGAGAAGUGGAGAAGAAACCUCCCAGAGGAGGGGCAGUCUCCCAUAUUGUGGGAUCUUAAAUAAGAGGUUCAGUUGGAUUUUGUGGAGUGGAUGUCCUAACAAUAAUAACUGAUUUUAGCUUCUGUUUGUAUUGAUCCGAUUGCCCCAGUCACAAACAAAUUGGCGGUUUAAUCAAGUCGUGGUUUUGCUCCCCUGGACAUACUUGUAAGCCUGAAAAUGAACUAUCAAAGUUGUACCCAUGAGAAGCGUUUGUUUUCUCCA